GUUUUUUCGCCUAAAUGCAAAUGAGACGAGAACAUUUAGGUGAGCUAGAAGAAUAGUUAAGCUCGCUUUCGAGACCAUUUCACAGUAACUUCAAGCGUCAAACAUAUGAUACUAAAUAUGAACUGGUUUUGUUUUAAGAGUUGAGAGUUACUGUGUCGCAGUUUGGCGAAAACAGCUGAAAAGGAAUUCCACGCCGGUAAGUGCGAACUCAGCAGUGUUACAUUAAUUUGCGGCACAUUUUUCUCUGAAAGUCAGUAUCUUGUUUGUUCCAGGUUUGAGCGAAUUGAGAAAUCAUCUCACAUGGUGAUAGCUUUGCUCAUUAAUCUUUCUUGUAUACUGACUUCAUAGACUUGCGCUAGACUUAUCCAUUCCUGACUGACAUAAUCAUGUCUGACUACUUAUUAUUCUGGAUUAUUCUUACUACUCGACUCGCUUGGAACAAGCAUGUACGAACUGGUUUAUCUUAAAGCCAAAUAAACUUAACUCCCUUACAACCAAAUUUGUUGAAAAUAAUUUCCGUAGUUGUGCUUGAUGAAGUGUCUCAUAUUCUGUAAAUCGCAUCUCAGAGAAUUUUAGAGUCGUAUAAAUCAACCGACUUUAAGUCAAGGAAUUUAUCCUAAGCACGGUUUGCUAACAAUGUGUGAUAGGUAAAAAGCCCACAUGAUGCACAAAUUUAAAUUUGCCCUCAUGUCGGUCGAUAAAGUGGACUGAAAAAUCGAAAUAAUUUUUUAUAUAUAAUUUAUAUUUCACAAAGUGUACUAAGAGGAAAAUAUUUGUUUGGUUGGUUAUGCAGAUAAGCCGGUUGGACUAAUGUAAUAUUUAUAAGAAUUGUUUUAACGGGAACUUUAGUUACGCCAACUGCUUGAUUUCUUAAAGCUUUAUCUAAUAGAUAUAUCUACUUCAUAGUCAAAAAUGGACUUAUUUUGGUAAAGAAAGUACAAAAUACACCGACAGGUAGCAGAAUGAAGAGAGAGCGGUGAACUAAGGAAUAUCACUGAACUCAUUAUCCAGUCUCUGAAAUCGAAAUUUGUAGACUGAAUGAACGGGAGGCUGACUUGACUGAAUGGAUACUCUACAGCUUGACAAGCUGGCUGACUAACCACCAAUGAUCGAGCAGAAUACUACGGACGUCUACCACACUUGAAGAAAUGAUUCGGUUGAAACAAACCCGCGCAGUCUGCCUAUUGUGUUAGAACUGUAAACUGCAUUGAAGUGGCCUACGACAAAUCUAUUGCAAAAGCAAGCAAGAUGGGGUUGAGUAAACGGACGGAGUGACAGAGUUUUCUCGCUUGAAUCAUUUAUUAGGCUAUUCAUUAUUAAUAAUAUCAUUUAUUGACAGAUUGAUUGAUUGAUUGACUGACUAACCCUUCCACGGUUUUUUAUUUUCACAAGGAUCAGUCACCGAAAAUCCAUCGACAACGUUACGUUGGCUCGAAAGAGCGCCUUUCAAAAAACCAGUAAGGGUGAUAAGUUUGAGGGUGAUUUGAUAAAACUAACGAAGAAAUGGCUCCGCAACGUCACGACAUUUUACAGACGUUUGUUUUCGCGUAUAUAGAGCAUGUGAUGGGCGGGUCGAAUAAAUGCACCCAUUACAAUUUUGCGACUUUGCUCGUUUCGUAUCGCUAUGACCGAUCGGUCGUUAUGUUAUGAACUCAGACAGGUCAAAUGUUUUUUUUUUUUUUGUCUUCUCACCUAUAUCUAUAGGACCUAUAGAGGAAAACGCAAGGCGACUUAGAUCUAAGGAAGCAAGAAUACUGAUGUCAUGGCCUUCUUUUCUAAGGUGCGACAGUGACUGAAUCCCAACAUUUAACAAACUGUACGGUUUUCUUAAUUGCAAAGACAAUAAGUAACUCAUAAAACGGUUCGAUUUUUAGGGCGACCAUGUGUGGCUUUCUGUGAAAAAUACCAGAGGCUUUCAUAUUCCUAUUGGCGCAGUGGUUAAAUCAGUCGAUGGACUUGGAAUGCUGCUGACCGAUGAUGAAGGACAGGUAUAACUUACCCGUCUAGAGUUAGCUAGUGUUCACACGAUAUACCAAUCACGGACACACGAUCUCAAGAGCGUUGUACUCACACCGGAGCAUAUUAAUGUAUCUCAAAAUAGAACGGUCAGUCCCUGAAAACUAAAUGAUUUAGGCCCCGUCAAUGGGAAUUGUUUGCACGUUUGGGUUAUAGGCUCCUGAAACACUUUGUGUUACUCUAGCGUGGGAAAGAUUGAAAAUGAUUGGAAACUGCGUCAAGUGGGUCCCUGAUUUUUGUGAGCAAAUUUUAAAAUUAUACGGGCGAAGUUGACGGAGUAUCACUUAAGCGAACUUUCCAGCAGUUGACCUUCAGCUCAAACAGUUGCGACUAAGACAAGUGAUAAAAUGUGCAUGAGAAAAAUUGGUAUUGAAAUAAAUUUUUCAAAAGAUGCUUUUCGACAGAGACCCGGAAAGAAUAAUCUACCCUUACACUUUUCUUUGAUAUAGCGUGAAAAUAAAGUUAGCGUUCUAACAAAGAAGAGCUUGUGAGUAAUUAAUAAUGUGAGCCAUGUCCAUGGAUCUUUCAGGAACACUUUCUCAGCGGAUCAUCGCUCAGUGAUGAUGUUCAUUCGAUGCAUCCCAGCUGUAUUUCAGGGGUUGACGAUAUGAUUCAGCUCGGUGAACUCACAGAAGCCGGGAUACUCAGAAAUCUGUUCAUCCGAUAUUAUCGCCACAAAAUUUACGUAAGUUUGACACUCCACCGAAUUCGAGGAAGACAGCUAAGAUAAUCAACUGAAUGAUCUAACAUUAACAGCAGCAAACAUACAAAGAAAAUUUGAAGUUUAAAUACCAACCAUUUCUUAACGGCAAGUUAUCUAAGACGCUCGGACAACUACUCCCUACAGUGUAAAUGGCCCCUGACGUUGUUCAGUUACUACUCGACACUCUAUGAGGCGGACACAGCACCUCACUAAGAUGGACACGCUUCCCAAAAGUCAAAACUUGCCUGCAUGCCAUACCGAGUUUUAGUCCGUGAUUAAAACGGGAUUUUACGAAAGAAUUUUUUGCUGAAAAUUCUUUCGUCGCCGUGCAUGGUUAAGAAAACUUAAGACUGGCGUAGAAGGACGUCAGUGCCGAUUAACAAAAAGUAGGCCAGAGUUAACAAAGACAACGCAGCGUCAAAAGGGAAAGCGAAUAGGCCCCCUCUAUACAAGAACCUGUUUAGCCUAGGAUUUGAAACAAGUUCUUAGUUUCUAAAACCUAAGAAAAAAAAUAUGUACACCGGGCAAAUAAGAUAAGAAAAUAAGUCAAUAUUCAGGAUCGACAUAAAAUUAUGUGCCUAAUCAAACCAACUGCAAUGUAAUGUUAUACAGAUUUUAUAUAAGGAAUAAGUUGAAUACCACUUAAUACUCUUAGCUACAAUGUAUUUUUCUUCAGAAAAUAAAUAAGAACCUAUAAUUUGUCAUUUAUGUAAGAACCUCAGUUUAGGCUAACUUGGGGAAAUGCGAGUACUUACUCGCGGGUUUUUACCGUACAUGUACUUCUUGACAUGACUGUAUUUGCUUCCUACUCUUCUCUAGACUCAUAUCGGGAAGGUGUUGGUAGCCGUUAAUCCUUACCAUCUUUAUCCGAUCUAUGGAGCAGAACACAUAAACCUUUAUAAUCAAGAAACCGAUGUUACCAACGUACCACCCCACAUAUUCUCUACCGCACAUCAUGCCUUCAUUUCCAUGAAAAGACGACUCCAAAACCAGAGUAUUAUAAUCAGGUACGAUAUAAUGAAUAUACACAUAUCAUCAUUAGUAAUCUGGCCACAAUUUCACAGACGACCGAUACUAGAAGUACUAAACGGACUUAUUGAGGCCGAGUGAUGUUGAAAACAUUUUGGAGAUUUUUCCACAAGACCAGAGCUGCCAGUCUGUGGAACAUUUUUGAGCUUGAUUUUUUUUUGUCGCUUCCAUAGCGGUGAAAGCGGUGCAGGCAAAACAGAAUCCACCAAGUUAAUUUUACGUUACUUAACAGUGGUCAGCGGACAACACACCACACUUGAUCAACAAAUUCUUGACGCAAAUCCUAUUUUGGAAGGUAUGCAAGUCACGAGGUUUAAAUUUUCACUCAUAACAUUAUUUAAUUAAUCUUUUACGAGUUAACCAGACUGGAAAUUAACCAUUUCAUAUUCCUAUAGAAGUUCUAUAUAUCUAUUUGUCAGCUUUUGGGAAUGCAAAAACUGUACGAAAUGACAAUUCAAGCCGGUUUGGAAAGUACAUCAACAUCUACUUUAACAGACAUGCAGUCAUUGAAGGAGCUAGAAUUGAGCAGUAUCUCUUGGAGAAGUCCAGAAUCGUAUAUCAGGUAGGUUUGUUAUCAAAGCAAGAAAAUAAACCUCUGCUGAGGUGAAUGAAUGAUGGAUGGGAUUUAUCUUUUCAGUAAAGAUGGUAGAACUAUUUUUCUUGUUUCCGUAGACGAGAUAAUGGCAUUAAAACUAGUUUGUCAGUUGUUCAUUGUAGGACUAAGAGAUACCCAAUCUAAGAACCAUGAAGUCUAAGUGUGUACUUCCUUGCCUCUAAUGCAGCCCUUAACAAUGGCAAUACCUCGCAUCUGUGCACUUUUCCUCAGUACAUAUUGACACUGACUUCGCAGGUGAAAAGAGUUUCCAAAACUCCCGGAGAAAAAUUUGUCUCAGUCUCGGGUGACCGUCUUUUUCUCCAAUUAAUACAUAUUUCGAUUUCUAAAAAUAAUAUAAGCUCUAAGCCUAUAGCCACCUAGAUAUAUUUGUUUUAAAGCACGAGAAACAUUCAUGAGUAGACAUCGCAAGCUUUCGCUUAGUUUAGUUGACUUUUCAAGAUAUGAGUUGUUUCAAGGGAAAUUUCCCUAGAACUUUGAAUUGAUGGUGCGUGAAAAACAACGGGGGGGGGGGGAUUUGCUCUCUGGAGUAGACAAACCAAUUUUAAGAGGUGUGUGAUUUCCUUCCUCCCGUUAGAUGCCAGAUGAGCGCAAUUAUCACAUCUUUUACCGUCUGCUUGCCGGUUUGGACAAGGAGGAAAAGAACAGCCUCCACCUGACGGUGGCAGAAGAUUAUCACUACCUCUCCCAGGGAAACUGUUUUGCAUGUGACGGGAUGGAUGAUGAAAAAGAAUUUGCAAAUAUUCGAAGAGCAAUGAAGGUAAUCACGUCUGAAUAUUAUUGACAUCAUAAAAGAGAGUUAAAUACAAACGACCCACGUGUCGGCGAAAGGGAAGAGAGAUGGACGGGCGUGGUCGCGUUGGUGCUGUUUUGUUAUGGGAGAUGUGGUGUCCCAAAACCUUCAGCAUUAAGCGCACAGGUUAAUACGCAGUAUGGGUUACUAUUUUAGGGAUGAAGGUAAAGAGGAAAUCAUUAAAAACCAUAUAGAUGGUAGGGAAAGUAGAGGAAACUUAAUAUGUUGUUUGAGCAUUUGGGUGAUAACUCGGUGUGGCUAGGCCAAGUCAUUCAAAGUAGAGACUAGGGGGAAGGAUUUCUACUGUCGCGUACUUUUUGCGUGCUAAAAUAAUGAGGCAAUGUAUGGAAGGUCGCGCGUAAACGUAAAAGUCGAACCUCGCUCAACUUUUACGUUUACGCGCGGCCUUUCAUACAUCGGCGCUAAUUUAUUUGUAAACAUAAAUUUUACGCGCGUACGCUACACGUAAAAAUUACACGACAGUGGAAAUCCGCCCUUAGUCUCUACUUUGAUGACUUGGCCUAGCCUCAGUAUUUAAGCGCCUAAAAUGUACGUACGUACGCAGUUAAAAAUUACGCGACAGUGGAAAUCCACCCUGUGGGAGGAGUCAGUUAUUUCGUUAUUGAAUGCAUUCAGUGAUGAUUAAUAUGUGCGUGUUUUUAUAUUCUCAGGUGUUAAUGUUUUCCGAAAAAGACACUUGGAUAUUAUUCACCCUGUUAGCAGCGGUUCUUCAUCUUGGAAAUUUGCGCUUUGAAGGUAAAACGCAAGAGAAAAACGAGUAACAAAACAUUAUUCAUAUAGGUGAACGGCUCUGACCAAUCGUUGCUUCUCAAACAGUUCAGAUCAGCUUCUGCACCGCAUGUGGCUGCAGUUAGUUUAUCUUACCAUAAAGAAGAGCUCAAUACAAUGCAAAGAAAAAUUAUGGUCAACCUUCGUGGGAUUUUAUUUCCAGUAGGUCUCAAACAAUAAGCCAAGAUGUUACAACACCUCUUGGUGAAAUUUUCUCUAGCCUCCUCGUAAUUAUCCAUCAUAGGCACCACUCACUUUAAAUUAAAGUAAGGCCAAAAGCAAGAACUGUUUUUUUAUGGCCUUUUCUCAGUUGACGCUGUCACUUUCGUCUGAAAUUUUUGAAAAAAAGUGAUAUUAAACUUAAAGUGUUUUCAGGUUAAAUAUGUCUUUGAAUUAUUUUUCAUGAUGCACAGCUCUGAUUCAAGACAACAUGGAGGCUUGUGCAAUUUUAAAUGAGGACAGCGUUGACUCGGUGGCUCAUCUCUUACAGGUAGGUAUUAGUGGAUGUUCUAUGUGGUCUUAAGAUGGUGAAGGGAGCUAUAUUGCACAUGCAUGCUACAUACCCGGUUACAGCACCUUGUCUUUUUUCCUACCUUUAAUACGUAAAAACGUAUUAGCUACAUGACUCCAGGGUAAUCAUGCGCUCGGGCAGUGUACCAUGUAGGGAGAACUAUCCGAUACCUUGUAGAUCAUGCAUCGAUUAAUAGCAUACGUUUUUAGCUAGAUACAGCGCCUUCACAGUCAAAUUGCUUCUACGCCUGUGUUCUUUAUUCCUUGCUGCAAAUUCAGGAUAUAUAUAAGGGAGUUUUGGUAGCUGAAUACUGUUGACGAACUGAGAACUUGCUACCCUUAUUAAUUAUUCAACUGAUUUCUAAAAAGCCGGCAAUUUUAUCGAUUAUAGAUUCCCACAGAGGAAUUCCACAAGGCGUUUACAAGUAAAUCAACAUAUGCUUCUGGAGAACUUAUUUACUCUCCUAUUGGCGUGGAAAGCGCCAGGCACAUUAGAGAUGCGUUUGUAAAGGGAAUUUAUGGACGACUGUUCAUCUGGAUUGUAAGCAAGAUCAACUCGUCUAUAAGCGUAAAACAUACAGUGAGUAUUUUUUGUAUCUUCUUGUCCAAGUCGCUACAUGAGCACACAAACAAACUGAUCGAGGAGGCCCACAGUGUCUCAAAACCCAUGCCACCAAUCAAAAAGCAAUAUAUGCCACACCCCUGGUCACUCAUACUAACAACAGAUUUACAAUCACCUUGAAAACAUUAUUAAGUUAUCGUGAUCGGCGGGAUUUGACUUAUUUGAGAGCCGACAUUCGGGAUUUCAUAGGAAAAUGGGGGCGAGAUUGGGGAUUGUAACUAUGCACGGGAUGGUGGAUGCCAAAAAUAACCAUCAGGAUUACUUGUUUGAGCACUGAACUGGGAUUGAAGAACCGAUCGUGCAUGCAUUGGGGACCCUCUGUCAUAUCUCUCUUAGUGAGAAUCAUGACUGGUGCUGAGAGUUCCUCUCAACCGAGAUGUCUAACUAAAAAGAGUGGGAACAAAAAUGUAUGAAAAAGGCGAGGAUCAACUCCAGUAGGGAGAUGUCCGUAUUAUAGAGGUUAUUGGCAGUGUAUCAGGCGGUAAUCCUGGAAUCUGCUUCCAUUUCAUUCUUCACUUUAAGGCUGAUUCAGAGCUCGAAGGUCGAGUAUGUCUUGGUGUCCUCGAUAUUUUCGGUUUUGAAAACUUUGAAGUUAACAGGUGAGAAAUUAAUUUAUUGUUUUAUUGAUUUAUCAGUUAUCAUUGGUUAUGUAGAUUGAACAGCUAUUUUCCCAGUUUUGAACCAGUAGUGAUGUGCUUAUUUCUCGCCAGAAGCUUUAUUUUCGUUGUCUUGUGUCUGUAUGCAGUCUGAUUUCACACAAACACCCAAAUUAACCUAGUUUAUAAAUCUAUCUGUGACUAUUAGACGUCGAGCUUUGUAACGGCUUUUAAUCCACUUCCACCCAAACCCGCCCGCUCUAAUUCUGGAAUUGAACCCCAUCCAAUUCACCACUUUUUAACCGUCAUAGACAACUUUGACGCUAUUAUCUUGAGCAGGGAAAUAGUUCAUCUAAAUCAUACCUAAAUUAAAAGAUGAUCAGAAACUAGAGUGACAAGCAAACCACUUGGGAAUAAAAGGCUCAAACUAUUAAGUUCUGUGGUAAUUAUAAGUUACAGUUACUUGAUUGAAGACUUACACAAACAGAUACAUGCCUCCACACCUUCAGUACGACUGGUUGUAGCCCAAUCCAUGUAACCAAAGGUGGAUUUCCACUGUCGCUUAAUUUUUACCUGAGUGCGCAGGAAAAUUUUAUGCACGUAAAUAAAAUAGGGGCGAUGUAUGGAGUAGAAAUCCACCCUAACGCAUAUUUCCUCUUCCAGUUUUGAACAGCUGUGCAUCAAUUAUGCUAAUGAAAAGCUUCACAGUUUCUUCGUUGACCACGUUUUCAAGAUGGAGCAGGUGAGUGAGAAGUCAGGAAUCUAGAGACUGGUAUGGUAUUAAAAUGGAGGGUCAGAACGUACAGCUUUUUCGAGAAAGGUUGUCGAAAAACGUGCACGUCACAAUCCCGAAAGGUAUUGUGAGUGUUUUGCGUUCACUCAAGUUCUUCAAGGAAAUUUGAAAGAAUGGCAUCAGAGGCCAUGGACGUAUGGCUGCUGGUGCCAAAAGAAAGCCGCAAAAGUAGGUUCGACAGCUACAGUGUAUUGAUCAUAUCCCAUAUUACCUUUCGGGCUUUCUCGAAGUAGCUGGAUGCAAUACUUCUUUUACGGCGUUUCCUGGUAUAUAUGUUGUAGUUAAUUUUUAUUUCAGUUAAUUUUUAUUUUUCUAUUGUUUCUGAGUAUGGUUAUGCAUGCUAAUGAAUUUAAAAACAAAGGAAAACCAAAAAUUAACUGAAAUAAAAAAUUAACUGCAACAUAUAUGACACAGCUGUAUUGAACUUAUAAGACUACCACUAAGCAAACGAGAAAAUUCAAUCCUAGAUCAGAUCAACGAUCGUUGUAAAAUGCAUUGGAGUAUGUUGAUAACUUUUGCUACUGACAAUUUUUAGCAUGUGGGGCAUUUGCAGUGCUUGAUUCCUAAUGGAAUAACCCUCUGUGUUUUCUGUUCGGUGUAGGCUGAGUAUAGUCGCGAAGGACUCAAUUGGAGUCCUGUGGACUUUGUUGACAAUCAAGAAGUUGUGGAAACUUUGGCAAAUAAACCUCUAAACUGCUUUGCUCUUAUGGACGAAGAGAGCAGAUUCCCUCAGGUAUAGAUGCUGUUGGCGCUUAUUUAAUAAGUCAAUAAUCUGUCUCCUCCAGAAAAUGAAUGUAAGGCACACUCUAUCCCUUGAAUAAGAAUCCCAUACUAGCAUGCGAACGCUUCACGAACGGAAAUACGUCUGCGUUCGGAGGCUAAUCCCAAACCGACCAAGGCUCACGAUAGCUCGUUGGUAUCACUCAUGUGAGGUUUUCUAUAUUUUGUAAUCAGAAAGCGUUUUAAACAUGAAUUUUCACAUCUUUUGAACGCAAUCAAGCUACACUAACUGAACGUUGCACAAUUCUAGAGCGACAUUCACUGGUGAUAUUACUGACUAGUCGGAUUACAAUUAUCGUAAUUACGUAAGACCUCAUACACUUCACUUUCAUAGUAAUGUUAUUCCUAUUCAGAAAAAAUAGAGUACAGUUCACUUGGAACACGAAUUUCUUUGACUCUCUCUCUCUCUGCUUUAAUUUAAUUUGUUUUUGUCUUUCGCCAAAAAAUAUAUUUAGUUCAAGUUAAUACUAAGCUUGUCUCGGCUGUGAAGGACUUGUUUAUUUAAAUUCACUAUUUCUGCUUCCUUUGUUUUUACAGGGAAACGAUGAAUCGUUUUUGCAUAAAUUGACUGCUCAUCAUGUUAAAAGUAGCUGCCUUUUUAAAUCCAAGUCUCGCUCCAGAGCUUCGUUUGGCGUGGUUCACUUCGCUGGAAUAAUUGAGUACGACGUUACAGGUGAAGCAAUUGAGAAAUCCUUUAUUUCACUCGCGAACUCCGAAAUGUUUGCAGCCAGCGCACUGGCCUAGGAGGUUAAACAAUGAAUUGAAUCUCCUUCAAUUUUUCCAGUGGUGUGAGUGCAUGCAUAGUAAACCUUAGUUUUUGAGGUCUUUUUUUAGCACUGAACAAAUUCAAUGACAGUUUAAAAAGGUCUGACGUUUUUGUAAGAGUUAUCUUUGCCUGCUGACCUUUCUGGCUGUGUUUUUCUGAGCGGAAGAGAAUAAGAACUUGUUUAUUCUAAUAUAAGAUUUAUGCGGAUUUCCGCAACCUUUUAUAUCUGCAUAUCUGCAUCUUUCAUAGGCAUCCUGGACAAAAAUAGAGAUACCUUCAGUGCUGAUCUUGUUGGGCUCGUUUGUGAAAGUAAAAUGGAGUUCCUUUUUGACCUGUUCGCCAAAGAAAUGUCCAUGGUAAUUAUUAGUCAUGAUUUUAUGUUCUUUCGAGGAGAAAAAGGCCGCGUCUCUCUGUUCUAUCAAAAUAUAAAGGCUAAAAUAAUAAUGUUCCCUGGCCGGGCACUCUUAUUGGUACAAAUUAAGGCGCUAGUUUUCCCCCGUGGCUCUUCACGGUCUCUGGCCCGUGUACAGCACAGACCCCUUCUCUCUCUCCCUGAUAUCUUUUUGUAAUUAUACUUAAGUUGGUUUAAUAUUUGAACGAAGUCUAAGUUAUCCUGGUGGGGAUUUGUAACAGUUAUUGGACCUUCGCGCAUGCGGUUCACAAGUGGAUUGAUUACAUUUAGAUACGUUUUUUGUAGUCUUAAGCGAUAUGCAAGUGACUUUGACCAGCUCGAAACAGUGGCUCACUCCAGCUUUAUACCUGGUCCAUUUAAUUUAGUCAGGACUGAGUUCUAAUGAGACCUUAAAAUGGAUAACUUUAGGACACGGGUCAUAUCGAUAUUUUUUUUCUAGGGCGAAGAAACUAGAAAACGAUCACCAACAUUGAGUGCACAGUUCAGAAGAUCUCUAGAUGUCUUGAUGAAGAUGCUAUUAAACUGUGAACCGUCUUUUGUUCGCUGCAUUAAACCCAAUGAACUAAAGAGAGCCAUGGUAUGUCACCAAUUGUCCUGAAAAUAGUGACUUUUACAUCGUCAACUUAGCGUAUGAUCCCCUUUUGUGGUUGCAUUUCAUCUUAAUUCCGUUUUUGCCACCUUAUAUCCUAUUGAAAGCGCUAAUAGAUAGGUACAUACAAUCUAACCAAACUGAAUCAACCUAAAGCUGCUUUAACCAGGUGCAAAUGUGCGUGGGAGCACUUCUCUCAGCAUUUCUCGCUUUCACUCCCUAAAGGGGAGUCCAGCUAGCAGAGGGUGUUCGACCCCCUCCACAAGAGAUUAAAAGGGGAUUUUCUUUUUAUGGAUUCAAAUUGAUUGUAUAUAAGAAUCUAUUGAUGUAAGAAUAAAACAUACAGAGUACUCGGGAGAAAAGGCCCCCUGGCCUUGGCAUACUUAUGAAUUAAUUGAAACCUGUUUCCCUUCCAAAUCCAGAUAUUUGAUCGUCAUUUGUGCUGGCAGCAACUGAAAUACUCAGGAAUGUUAGAAACUGUCAAGUAAGAAAAUAAACUCGUUGAAUGAUUGACAAAAAAUCAUUUUUUCUACCCUGUGCGGGACCUCAUUUGUUAUUAGAAAAAUUAUUAUUAUUAAUAUUAUCAUUAUUUUAAAUAAAUUACCCUCCUGCACUGAGACUACUGCUAGUAUGGGUUAAAAUUAAACGGGAAAAUACGUCAAGUUAUCCUUAAGAUUAUUUAGAGUCAGGAAACUAUUACAGGAAUCUCCAGCUAAAAAUACAUUCAUUUCCAAAAAUUACCGGGUUAAUCCGGGAGAAUGGGAGCCAGUCAUGAUACUAUUCCCAGUCCUUUAAGCGACGUCGUACGUCGUGAGCUGUUUUUCACUUUUCAAGAUGGCGGCUUCACCAUCGCCUUCAUUGAAACUCUUACUCUCAACACCGACAUUAUCGUCAAGACCAAGCUCCAGGUUUGAAUUUACCAAGUCCCACUUCAAAGCAGCGUUUGGUCUAAAAGAAUAAUACAUAAGUUUAACGGUUAGCUUUAAACAAAGAAAAAAGUAACUGGAAUUAUGUUUUUAACUUACAGGAUUCGCAAAGCUGGUUUUGCUAUUCGUUAUACUUUUGAGGAAUUCAUAAACAGAUAUUAUGUUAUUAUGAAGGAUUUAAAGAUACCUCGAACUGAUCCACGGGAGAUGUCAGAGACAUUAGCGAAAAGACUUCUUCCUGAUGUUGAAUGGACAAUAGGAAAUCGAAUGAUAUUCUUAAAGGUGGGUUAAUCACUACACUUUGAUUAAAUAUCCUCCCUUAACCCAACAUUUUAGUCAAAGAAGUUCGUGUUAGCGUUGAGUUAGGGGAGAGGUAGUUAAGAAGUUUCCCAGAAUCUUAUACUGAUCGAAACAAUUUGGCGCCUAUCUUAUAACUGGUGCAAUUUCACUCCGUUAAAUGAAAGCGUGUUCAACGGAAAAUUGUAUAAGUGUAAAUGAGUCUUGAGUCUAGUAAAAAAGUUUGAAUCUCUCGGAUUUACUCCCAGUAACUGCUCUGAUAAUACGUACGGUACAUAUAGUGACAAACCUAAAACUGAAUAAAUGCUAACCAUUUUGAGUCAGUGCGUUGUUAACCCUUCAUACUACUGUAGUCAGUUCUAAGCCCUAAUCACCACAGACGUGCUUAAGCCCUAAUCUCUACUGUCUGUGUUCAACUUUAACUGCCAUUUUCAGUGCUUAAACCUGAUCACUAUUUUCAGUGCUUAACACAGGCCUGUUUCAUAAGCUUGACUUAUGACUCAUUAACUCAUAAAUAAACAAGCUUUCUUGGUUUAGCAGGGACUUUGGCUAGAUAAAAUUUGUCUUUCUCUUCAGGGAUCCAUUUCUUUUAUCAACUGAACCAUCCUGUUUAUUCCAAUUAGCAGUUACUGAAGCGUUUCCUCUACUCUUAUAGGGUAUUUAAGGCCAAACAUGUCAUAUUUGUUUACAGGAUCACCACGGUGACAUCCUAGAACAAGCGCGUGAUGCUUUAUUGACCAAUGCAGUAAUUGUACUUCAAAGAUCAAUAAAGAGGUUUUUGCAUGGAAGAAAACAUCGCAAACAGUCACGUGCGGCUGUGAUGAUUCAGAGGACUUGGAGAAGACAUCGUGAUGAGAAAACUUAUCAAAAGGUCUGUCUGUAACUUUACUGUUAUGUGAUUGGCAGAUCUCAAUCAAUUACCAACGAGUAACUAAGAAGCCUACCCCUUUCAGGGAUUUCAAGAUACCAUGACGCGACAGCAGCAAACACAUUCUCCUAUCAGCCUAUAAAGUGGAUUCCCCUUCUUUCAGAUUUUAAACAUGAACCACGCGAAUGAUUUUAGGCCAAAUUGCACUCCACCCAGUCCCGCACUUACCAUUAUCAAGCAAUCUUUAGGAAGGUCAUACAUACAUUUGUGGAUUGAUCAAAAUUUACUUCUCGAUCAGUUCUAAUCAACCUUUCACGAACUGAGCCCUGUAUGGUUUCAUAACCAGCAUGCUAGCAUGCAAUUAUGCCGUAUACGCUGUAGUGUUAAUACGAAUUUCAUGAUUAUCCCCGAGAAGAGGGUUUUGUAUAAACCUACCAAAAAAUCAAUGAUAUAAUCGUUCUGUUCCUUAAAGGUUGUGAAGGGAAUAACUAGACUCCAGGCUACUGUGAAAGCAAGAGCUUUAUAUGCUAAGUUCCGGCGCAUGCGUGAAGAUAAGCAGAGAGCAGAGCAAGAAAGACAGCAAAGAUUAAAGCGAGAAAGACAGCAGAAGGAACACGAAGAAAAAUUAAAGAAGGUAUAAAAAAUUAUGAUAGUUAAAGCAUGAUAACUUAAAAUGAUGAUUUUGCAACUUUGUUAGUAUUGCCCUUUUUUUGUUUACAGUGUUUUUGUUUAUAGUGAACGCCAAGUUUAGUAAACGAUGACUGUGUUCUUUAACAGGCACAAGAAGAAGCAGCAGCACAAAUUCAGGAGAUGUUUAGCUUUAUUGCGAAAGAGGAAGAAUCAUAUACCAAGAAAGGUUCCUAAAAUGUUCAGUAUCAAUUUCAUAUUUAGCUGAAAAAAUGAAGAAAAAAUAUUGAGUGACGAACCACCUCAAGCCUGACUAGCUGUUAUGACAUGUCAACCUGAUACAGCCCGAGUCAAGACACGAUUAUGAGGGUCUCCAAUAAGUUUUUCGGGAUGCGGGAUUUCCCUUAUUUUUAUUUGAGGCUCGGGAUUCAGGAUUUUAAAGCGAAAUCGGGGCGAGAUUCGGGAUUGAAAGUAUGUGCGGGAGGUGGGAUGCCAAAAGUAACCCUCGGGAUUACGAGUUUGCCCGAAAUUUGGGGUCGGGAUUACGGGAUAGAAAAACCCUGUUGGGAACCCUCGAUUAGGAACCGUCUCUCGAUAAAGGAAUCUUCCGAACUUCUUUAAUUUAUAAUUAGUUUGCUUAAAUUAAAUGUUUCGUUGUGGUUUUGUCAUAUAACUGUCACUUUGUUUUUAGAAGAGAAGAUUGAGAAGAGUAACUCAGCAAAUGCCGCCCGUAAGCCUCAUGAAACACAACAGAAAUCUUCAUCUUUAGGAGCAAGUUUAGUCGACGGUGUAAGAAUAUUUGAGGAACUUAACAGACCAGGUUUGCAUAAACCUAAAUUUGUUUAUAUCUUUGCAGGAAGAGAAAAGUUAUUCUGAAUAUAUCAUUUCCGUCGUUUUUUGUCGUUGUUGUGACAACUGGCAAAUGCCAUUCUACUGAAGUAAUCAGCCCGCUCCCAGGUCUUAGCUUUAUUUUUGCAUGAGCUGUAUAAUUCCGGAAAUAACAGACCGGUUUUGGGAAGGUGGAUAGUUUCACUUUAAAGUAACCUAAAUCUAUAACGGACUAGGAGAGAGAAAUAUCGCGAAAAUCACUAUCUCGUCUACCCUCUCAGGCUUAGAAAACCUCGUCCCCCUACAACAGAUGUCUCAGCCUAACUUUUACUUCAGUGUAUGUAGUUUCUUUUUUGGGGGGGAGGGGGGAAGGCAAAGCGGGGAAAGGUAAUUUCUAUAUGUAUAAGUACUCUUCUGAUCAACCGUCCUUUUCCUAUUUCCUUCAAAUUCCAUUUCCCGACUUUUUACUCAAUUUUCUCCCUCUAUCUCUGCUACUCCUCAAUUGAUUUCUGCCAGUGGACGUGGCACCACUAUGAGCCCAUCCUACACAAACCCUUAGCACACAACGUAUUUGUUUUACUACUUUUGUUUAUACUGGUGACGACUUUAAGAUAACGUUAGGGCACAUUGAUUUUUUUCCCAGCUGUUUCGAGUUACAACCCCAGUUGGUAUAGUAGAUUGGGGCAUGUAACACAGUCAGGCUCGUCCGACCUUGCCAUCACAUUAACAGCCUUAAUCCUUGGAUUAGCGUGUCAGGGUUCAACCAAUGACGAUCAAGAAGUUUCAUCUCGUGAUGAGCCUGAAAAGAGGUACGUAAAGUUGGUUAUCCUACCUUACUCUUAUUCCCCGGAAAAAGUGUUAUGCCUGAUUGAAAAGCUGAUCCCUUAAUGAACAACCGAAAAUUGAUUUCUAUUUUUCGACAGGGAGCCAGAAUUUGUAUCUCCCCUGCGAACCAAGCCUAAAGGUCCUCAAGGAUCAUUCAAGUGGCGUUCUGGCCAAUCAUAGUUAAUUUCUCCGCUACACAAGAGCAAGAUGAAUGUCUACCAAUGGUAACAAACCAUAGCCAAGUGUCACAUUUACUGAAGGGAAUUAUGCUCAUCAUUAUGGAGAGAGAGACUUGCCUACCAAACAUACAGUGUAAUGAAGGCGUGACUCAACGUCACUAGACGUCAGGUCACUAGGUGAGUCACAUGGUUGGUCAUUGAACAGUUCAAGCCCGCUCGGAAGGAUAGGCACAUUGGAGUAUCGAACUGGUUGACUGGGUGAACAAACUGCAUUUUGCCGUACCCGAUUCUAUAGAACUGGGCCCAGUUGUUCGAAGGCGGAUUAGCACUUAACCCAGGGUUAAAUUUAACCCAGGAUUCUCUCUCUUUUGUUCAAAAGCAUUUUCUCGGACAAUUUUCUCUGUUAUUUCUAAGAGCAUCCAAUCAUCAACUUGUUGACAGAAAGAAUUAAACUGAAUGUACUUUUUAAGCAUUCAAAUCUGAUUUCAAAUUUCGUACUAACCCUGGGUUAUUUUAACCCAGCUUUGAACAACCCGGCCCCGUACUAUAGCUGCUCCUUAUUGAGGACAAAUAAAACUUUACUGAUAGAAAACAUCGAUCGUUACGUUACGAGCUCUACUGCUUUUAAAUCAGUGCUCUUGUCCUUGUCAACAGAUCUGGGACAUAAGAGGAGUUACUGGGGAUGGAUAUUAAGCUUCAUUUAAAUGUUGUCUUGAUAAUGUUAAUAAACUCAAACCGCUUUCCUGCAAUAAAACCAUAAACGACAGAAAGUACUUUCUGUGGACUUU